UGCUCAGGCGGCCGUCGCGUGUGUCGUUUCCGUAUUCUGUUCCGGUCUUUGCGUCCACGUGUAUGGUGUGAAAAAUAGUGCGUGUCACUGCAUAUAGUUUUGCAUUUAUCUAUAAUAAUAUGAUAUAAUAGAUUAAUUCGAUUUUUGUUUUGGUGUUAUCAUUUGUGAUAAUCCGAAAGGUGAUUUUUUGUGAGUUCUCCAUCGGAUGUUUUUUUUUUUAAAUCUGGAGUUAUUUUUGUUUUAUAUGGUGUCUCGCGUUAUUUAUGUCGUCCCGGAGACGGCGGCGUCCCGACGCGAAACCGUCGGAAUGGCCCUCUGAACGGUUACCGACGACAGCGACGGCUACCUUUGCCGACGGAUGUACGGAUACGCGGGGCCGCCCCAUUACGGGACCGUUGAGUCCACGGCCCACGGAGACCCAGCGGGCUAUAUUCAGCCCGUCGGACCCCAUAUACCCAUGGCCAUGGUCAUGCCCAUGCCGGCCGUCUGCGAACCACCUCCUACCCCUCAGAUGUCCGCAGACGAAACAAUUCAGAAGAGACGAAGAUCCGAUGAAGAGGAUUCCAGCCAAAAAUACUCUAGAAUGGAAGAUGAUAACAUUCAAGACAAAGAAAGGUUUGCAAGUAGGGAGAAUCAUUGUGAAAUUGAAAGGCGGCGGCGGAACAAGAUGACAGCGUACAUCACCGAACUAUCCGACAUGGUGCCAGCAUGCCAAUCGCUAGCCCGAAAACCGGACAAGCUCACCAUACUCCGGAUGGCUGUAAACCAUAUGAAAAGUCUUAGAGGCACAGGCAACACGAACAAUGACGGCACGUACAAGCCCAGCUUCCUGACGGAUCAAGAGCUUAAACAUCUCAUUCUGGAAGCUGCUGACGGAUUCCUUUUUGUCGUCACCUGUGAUACCGGCAGAGUCAUAUACGUGUCCGAUUCGGUCGCACCAGUGUUAAACUAUUCUCAGAACGACUGGCUCGGAACUAGUAUGUUCGACCAUUUGCACCCAGAAGACGUUGAAAAAGUCCGGGAACAAUUGUCCACCCAAGAGCCACAGAAUUCAGGUCGCAUACUAGACUUGAAAACAGGAACCGUAAAAAAAGAGGGCCACCAGUCUUCAAUGAGACUUUGCAUGGGUUCUCGCCGAGGUUUUAUUUGUCGAAUGAAAAUCGGUAAUAGUGGUGGUAUGAUGGCUAAUAUUUCUGGACACAACCUGCACCAGAGACUUAAACAACGCAAUACUUUAGGGCCAACACGUGACGGCAAUGAAUUUGCUGUUAUUCACUGCACUGGCUAUAUUAAAAACUGGCCUCCGACCGGUCAGUUUGAUCAUCCAUUAUCUGGUGUACAAAUCGAACGAGCUGUUGAAGAAGAUGGCACUCACUGUUGUUUAGUGGCAAUUGGCCGAUUGCAGGUUACUUCCACUCCAAAUACAACAGAUUUAGCUGGUUCAAACAGCAAUGCCGAGUUCAUAUCACGACAUUCUAUGGACGGUAAAUUUACGUUUGUUGACCAACGGGUAACCCAUAUACUCGGCUAUAAACCACAAGACCUUUUAAGUAAAACGUGUUACGAAUUCUUUCAUCCUGAAGAUCAAACACACAUGAAAGACAGUUUUGAACAAGUUCUAAAAAUGAAAGGACAAGUCAUGUCUGUAAUGUAUCGUAUUCGAGGAAAAAAUCAUGAUUGGAUAUGGUUACGGACAUCAGCUUUUGCUUUCUUAAAUCCAUACACCGAUGACAUAGAAUAUAUUGUGUGUACAAAUUCUACAGCUAAAUCAUCGAUGCAUUCGCCAUCUGAAAGUGGAGUAAAUAUAAACAAUCCGUCCACUGAACCCGUGUACCAGCAGCAAGCACCUGGUCUGGACUAUUCAGUUCAAAGGCGAGACCACGUUGCCGCACCUCCAUAUCAAGCACACGCAAUGAUCGCUACUGCUGCAACACCUAAUCAACAUAUGAUUCCAAACAACACAGCACAACGACCGAAUAGUGCCCAAAAUGUUUUCAACACCUACGAAACCAAUGCUUCGCCAAUAAGCUAUCAUUCUCCCAACCAGGGAACACAAAAUCAAGUACAGUCGCCUUUGAUCAACCGUAUAACAAAAUCAAGCCCAACGCCUGCACAAACAGCAUGGACACUGCGUCAGCCGGUCACUGAAGGUUACCAAUACAACCAAGAAAUGAGUCCGUCCCGUUCACCAUCAGGUCCAACUUACACUCAGUUAGGUGCUGGUGCGCGACAAACGACCUAUCAUAACUCCUCGCCAGUUACUGCAUCUCCUGGAAUGUGGGGGUGGCAAGCCGGAGCAACUGGCGCUACAGCUGUUGCAAAUAAUGUUCCACCACAUCCUCACGGUGGUCAUCCUCAAGAACUAUCUGAUAUGAUGAUGCAGAUGCUCGAUCAGAGCGCUGCUGCAGCUUCUUUUGAAGAUUUAAACAUGUUCAAUACAAAUUUUGAAUGAGUUAACCCAAUGUAGCUAAAUUGAAACAUCUUGCUGCUGUUCAUCGUUUGACGCAUGCGCUCAUUAUAAAUUACUUUGGCUAAAUUUGGAAUUGGUGUUUAUCGCAGUACAAUUUACUGUCUCAGCAUGAUGUGACAAAUUAGCAACUAUGUUUCUUGUCAGAUAAAUGCUGCAAUAUUUGAUCAAAUAAAUUCCAAACCUUUCAUAUUAUGUAGAUAAUCUCAUUUGUUAUUAUUGGUUUAUUAUGGAUAUUUCUUUUUAUAAGUAUCUUAAUAUAUAAGGAUAAAAAUGUACAGUUUAUUAUAAAAAUAUUUUGACAAUUUAAUGAUAGGUAUAAUUUACAACACCUAAUUUUCCUGUAUUUUUUAUUACCUGCAUUUUAAAUCGUUAAAGUAUGAAUUGGAAUUACUUUUUUUUUUCAAGACACUUGGCAUCUUGCCAGUUAUUUAUUUUUGUAACUAAUGCUAUUUUCUACCUCUGUUUACUUUCUCUCUAGCAUUUCAGCCCUGUAGAUAAAUUUUUAUAGCAUUGACGACUUUUGACUUCAA